AUGUCCGAAGAGACGGAUGCACCGCUCUUUAGCACUGUGGAUAUCAACAACGAAAACAGAGAUGAUGAUCUAUUCGCUUCUGCGGUUCAGGAAGUGAGCCUAGACCCAGAGGUAAACGGAAGUAGUGAAGGACAAGAGAAGGCAACAGUUGCUGAUAUUGCAUCCAUGCCUGCCAUAGUUGGUAGCCCUAUUAUGGAAGAGAUAGCAACGGAACGCGCAAACAACAUCAUUAUCACCGUGACUGAGCCGCAGAAGAUCGGCGAAGGCAUGAGCUCUUAUGUCGCCUAUCACGUGCUGACCAAGACGAACAUGCCCAUAUUCAGCAGACAUGAGUUUACAGUCCUUAGACGCUUUAGUGACUUUCUCGGUCUUCAUGAGAAGUUAACGGAGAAAUAUCUACGCUCAGGCAGAAUAAUUCCUCCUGCUCCAGAAAAGAGCAUUGUCGGCACUACAAAGUUAAAAAUGACAUCAACUCCGUCGACGGAAAGCGCCAACGGUACAAACUCUUCCGCAAGCUUGCAGUCUCAGUUUGUGGAGAGACGCCGAGCGGCCUUAGAACGUUUCCUCAAUCGGGUCGCCCAACAUCCGGUGCUUUGCAUCGACCCAGACUUUAGAGAGUUUCUUGAGUCCGAUACAGAGCUACCGAAGGCGACGAGUACUUCGGCAUUGAGUGGUGCGGGCAUGUUGCGUCUCUUCAAUAAAGUGGGCGAAACUGUCAACAAGAUCACUUACAAAAUGGAUGAGUCUGACCCGUGGUUCGAGGAGCGGUGCGCGCGCGUCGAGGCGCUCGAGGGGCAGCUGCGGCGGCUGUGCGGCGCUUGCGAGGCGCUGGCGGGCGAGCGGCGCGAGCUGGCGGUGCGCUCGCACGAGGCGGCGCGCGCCGCGGCCGCGCUCUCCGCCGCCGACCCCCACCCGCCGCUCUCGCGCGCGCUCUCGCAUCUCUCAGACCUGCACGAGAAGAUUGAACAUUUAAGAAUGGAACAGUCCAACACCGACUUCUACGUCUUGGCCGAGCAUAUUAAGGAUUACCUUGGUUUAAUUGGUGCAAUCAAGGAUGUGUUCCAUGAACGAGUAAAGGUAUUCCAAAACUGGCAACACGCUCAGAUGCAGUUGACGAAGCGGCGCGAGAACAAGGCCAAAGCUGAGCUUGCUAAUAGGCCCGAGAAGAUUGAGCAAGCAUCCAACGAGAUAAUUGAGUGGGAGUCCAAGGUGGAGCGGGGUCAGCAGGAGUUCGACACCAUCUCCCGCGUCAUCAAGAAGGAGUUGGAGAGGUGGGAGGAGAUCAGGGUGGGCGAGCUGCGAGCCACGGUGCUCCGCUACCUCGAGGAGCACAUGAAGCACCAGGCUCAGGCCAUCCGCUAUUGGGACGCGUUCCUGCCCGAAGCGCGCGCCAUCAAA